AUGUAUACGUCCAUUGGCACUUCUUCACGUCAAUUGGUAGCAAAUCGACAUGAAAAAACCCACCGAAGUGAUAGUAAUAGUAGUAAUACAAGCAGUGGCUACAAUCAAAGCAGUCCCAGUGAUGGGGCAACAACGAAUAGUGGGCAUAGUGGCACGGGGCUGCAGAAUUAUGUGAAACAUCAUAGUUUUACCGGUCAUUUACCCUUUAAUCGAGACGACAAUGGUUUCCAACGAGGAACUACUACUACUACUACCAUGACAACAACUGAACAGUCACAGAGUAUUUUAUCGAAACGUCCGAGUCUUAUUGUCCCCUUUUCCAAUCAACACCAAGUGACAACGAAUGGAGGAAGUACAGUGACUCCUUCUUCCAUUGAUGGAGUCCAGACGUAUUUGGAUGAUUUCCAAGCACCGAUUUCAAAAUCAGGGGUUUUGAUUAAACAAGCUAAUCAUUUCAAGACAUGGAAAAAACGACUUAUGGUGUUAAAAGGACAUUCGUUAUUCUAUUAUGUGUCAGGCACGUCGGGAGAAGAUUCGUAUCCACGAGGUGUUAUUCCGUUACAAGGAGUGAGGAUUACACCCAUUGAUUCGGCACGAUUUAAGCGACAAAAUUGUUUUGAAAUUUGUCAUCCGGGAUUCCGUCCGAUUUACCUCAUGGCAAAGAAUGAAGCAGAUCUUAGUGUUUGGAUGAGCAGUUUGACGUCCGCUGCAAUGCCAACGACGGCUGAUCGCAAAAUGCUGCUAGUGACUGAGCCAUUGGAAUCGCUGUUUAAUACACCAGCACUGGAAGACGCGGUUCCGUACAAACGGACGUUUUACUUUCGUCAGAAGGUGGCAUUUUGUAUGCCUCGAAAAGAAGAUUCAGAGUAUACGGCGGCAGAGCUUUUUGAUCUGAAUGAGAAGCGAUUGACGACGCUAUGCGACUUGAACAGUUACUGCGACUCUUUUCCAAUGAUCUUGGAUGACCCACAGCUUUUCGUAGAACUACUGCAUGUUGUGGGUUGCUACAUUUUCCGACCAUUUGCUCGACUGUUGUCGACGUCGCCUGGUAAUAUCUUUGUGGAAGAGCCGAAUCCAGACGAGGUGAGUAUGCUGGAGAACCCGAUGGACAAGUACUCGGAAUACACGACGGAAGAGCAGCUAUGGGGACUGCUUUCAGCAUGCUACGACUUGCUGUUAAAAGCGAUUGAGCACAUUGACAAAUUGGAGAAACAUGUCCGCAAGGAAUUUUUUCCCUUGCGAUUUAUUGCGCAGCUGGUCAAUUUGUUCAAGACGCCGUCGUUUAAGGAGCGGCAAGUGUUGAAAGGGGUACUUCAUCGACUGUACUAUAAACUCACUCAGCGGCGAUCGGCUAUUCGCAAGGAAAUUGCUAACGCGUUCUACGAGUAUAUUUAUGAGACGUCGAACCACUACGGCGUGGCGGAACUGCUGGAGAUUCUUGGUAGUAUUGUCAAUGGCUUUGCGUGCCCGAUUAAACAAGAGCACGUUGUGCUAUUAGAGAAGGCGCUAAUCCCACUGCACUCUACGCCUGCCUUCGUCUCGUACCACCAACAGCUCGCGUACUGCAUGAUUCAGUACGUAUCGAAAGACCACACGCUUUUCACUGCGAUCGUUCGCGGCUUGAUCAAAUACUGGCCAGUGGGAAACUCGUUCAAAGAGGUAAUCUUCAUUGUAGAGUUUGAGGAGAUGUUGGAGCAUGUGCUGGCAGAGACUGAUUUCGACGCGAUCUCUCCCAAACUGGCACGAAAACUGGGGCAGUGCAUGAUUAGUGACCAGUUUCAGGUAGCUGAACGUGCAAUUUCGUGCUGGAGCUCCCCGGCGUGCUUGCGUAUCAUGAACGAGUACGAAAAGUUGGGGCAAGGCAUGUUUGAUGUAAUCAAGCCGCUUCUGAAGCAGGCAGCAACAAGACACUGGAAUACGUUGAUUCAACAGAAGGCGCAGGAGACCUACACCAUGUACUACAACAUGGGUUACGACACCGACGAUGUUGCAGUACCGUCGUCAGCCCUUGUCUCGGAUGGGAAAAUAUUGGAUAGCGGCUCGAAAACAGAGGAGUCGGACCCGGACGAGGACGUUAAUGAUUCUACCGAGGCGAAUUUGUCGAUAGCAGUCCGGUUGUCAACUUCUAAUCCAGUAGAAUCAUUAGAUGUGGUGCUAUCGGACGAGGAAGAAGAGGAAGACGAGAAUGAAAAGCCGGACGCGUCCUAG